AAAUCGUGAGAUAAAUGCAAUAAAUGUUAAAAAUGAUAUAUAACCGGCGGUACGAAGACGAAUAGGACGCAAGGACUCUCGGGCAGGGUACGAUCCCCAUGGCAACUGUAUGUAAACAUUGGGUGUUCUGACGCACAGGUCAAGUAAAACUCCUUGAAAGAUGACAUUGUCUAUGCUGGAUGCACUUCGGGCGUGCACUGUACUGGAGGACAGCCUAGAUCAACUCUCCGUUCUGGGAAACAUCAUGCCUGUAUCUUACCAUGGCCGCAGUGAUAUAGUUGGAAAUGAAAUUGGAAAGAUUCUAAAAACACAGAGGCAGCUGGAAGGAAAAUUUGAAGACCUCAUGGGGAAACGAGCAGAAGUUCGAACAACCUCUUUCCCUCUGUCCAGUAAGAUGCUGGAUCUGACAAAGCAGGUGGAAGAAACUAGCGGAAAUCUAAAAUUGACCAAUGAGCAGUUUAUUCGAGUAGUGAAACAGAGUCCUCUAACUGCAGAUAACCUCAGGAAGGUCCAAGCCGACAGGCAGUUUGCAGCAGAUGUUAUUGCAGAGAUGUCAAUGGAGUUGGAAUCAUCAGGAUCAUUUCACAGCCUCCAGCAAGCUGUGGCCCUUGUAAAAGAAGAAAAGGCCAACUUUUAUAAUGCUAUAACCAGAGAAGAAGACGGGAGAAAGAAGAUAAAAUCACUCCAGAAGCAGAUACAGGAAGUCAAACAGGAGAAAGAACUGGAAAUGCAGAGCCGCAGUGAACUUAUUGCUCACCUAAAGGAUCAAUUGCAAGAGAUGAAAGCCAAAACAAGCAUAGAAGGCAGAUAUGUCAAGAAAGACACAGACCUACUGAUCUCCCAGACCCAAAGAAAGUGCGGCAUUGCGGAGUCAGAGCUUCAGACUGAGCUACAGAGCGUCAAGGAAAAAAUGGACGAGGAGAUAAGAGUGCAUAUGGAGAUUGAGAAUUUUCUCAGGCAGCAUCAGCAGGAAAUGGAGCAGAAGCUAGAAUACUGGAUGGAAAAGUAUGAUAAGGACACGGAAGAAAAACAGGCAGAGCUAAAUUCUUUAAAGGCUUCCAGAGCACAUGACCUCACUGUGCUGCAGGAGUUGGCCACAAAGUGUAAAGACUUUGAGAAGGUAAUAACUGAAGAUCGACUGGAGAAGGAGAAAGCACAGAUGCACAAGAUGCAGGAAAUGAAAGAAUUAGCAAGUGUCAUCAAACUCCAAGCGUGGUGGAGAGGUGUGAUGGUGCGGAAAGGUCUGGGAAGCUACAAGAAAACAAAAAGCAAAACUGCCAAAGAAAAAGGCAAGAAAGGCAAAGCCAAUAAAGGUGGCAAAAAGAAAUGAUUUCUUCCCCGCUUCUACCCAAAAAGGACAAUGAUUUGCAAAUUAACAUCUCACAAGGUUCUAGUGAACAACAAAUAGAUUAAUAUAGUAAAAGUUGAAUAUAUGCCUAAAAUUGCUCAUCUUGUUACAUAAUCGUCCUUUCCAGAUAACCCAGCACAAGCGCGCACACACACACACCACACAAAAAUGACAACUUUAACUUUAAAACUGCAGCUUUUAAUUCAAAUUACCACAGUUAUUUCAGAACAUGUCCAUGAACAUAGGGCAAUUUGAAUAGAAACUACUAGAUAUAGUAACAUUUAUAUAUAUAUUUUAACAUUCUUAAAAUACGGAAUGUAUUUACAGUAACAAACAAGUUGCAGGGUGCCUUAUAAACCGCCUUAAGCUGUACAUUUACAAGAUUUUAAUUCAGAUCAAACUUUGCAGACUUCUUAUCUGUACACUAAAUAUUGUAACAUUCCAUUUUGUUCCGUUAUUUAACAUGAAAACAACACGAAAAAAUUGUAAUGUUGUAGCAUCUCCAAUUCUACAUACAAGCAGUUCUGCAAUACAAAAGUACAUACAAAAUAAACUCCUGUACAAGCAUUAUGGACCUUGCUUUCAAAACAGAUAUCCAUUGGGAGAUAUGAAGAAAAAUGUCAUUUGCACUGUUUUGAGCAUAAAGCGAUGCCAUGAAUAUAAAAUAUGAAUUUAUUAGCUUUA